AACAGCAGGAGGGAAUGGAGAAAGGAGUAUCAAACGAUUUAACAAGAUAUUUCUACCAAGACGGCAAAUAAAGAACAUAUAAAUUAGUUUCAGUUCAUUAAAAGGAUCAUUAACUCAGGCUGUGAAGGCUCAGCAGUUGCAUUUAAGCCCCAUAGUACAGUGACGGUGGGGGAAGAGCAUGAGCUGAUUGAAGAGCACUGAUAAUGAAGCCCAGAAUAAGUGCUCCCAGGACACACAGCAGAGUGUUGAAAACCCAAUCUUAAGCUCUAGGAGACCAUGAUGAUAUGAGAUAAACACUGGAUGACUGGAGGCUCCCCCUGCUUAAGAAACCCUUAACAUGGCAGGACUACAGCUGGUGACCCCUGCCUCCUCACCCAUGGGGCCUUUCUUUGGUCUCCCGUGGCAACAGGAAGCUAUCCAUGACAACAUAUAUACACCAAGGAAAUAUCAGGUUGAACUUCUCGAAGCAGCUCUUGAACACAAUACUAUUGUCUGCUUAAAUACUGGCUCAGGGAAGACUUUUAUUGCAGUACUCCUAACAAAAGAGCUCUCCCACCAAAUCCGUGGAGACUUCAGAGAAAACGGGAAAAGGACCGUUUUCUUGGUGAAUGCAGCACCGUCUGUGGCUCAGCAAGCGGCUACUGUUAGGACCCAUUCAGAUCUACAAGUCGGCGAGUAUACAGAGAACACUGCUUUGUGGACGGAGGAAAAAUGGAGCCAAGAAAUAAUGGAAAAUCAGGUGCUUGUUAUGACAUGCCACAUAUUUCUACAUGUACUGAAGAAUAGAGUCUUGCCACUAUCAAAAAUCAACCUGGUGGUUUUUGAUGAAUGUCACCUUGCAAUCACGGACCAUCCCUAUCGGGAGAUAAUGAAGAUAUGCGAGGGGUUUCCAAGCUGUCCCAGGAUUCUGGGUCUGACAGCUUCCAUUUUAAACGGCAAAUGUGAUCCCUGUGACCUGGAGGAGAAGAUCCAAAAUCUUGAGAGGAUUCUGAAAAGCAAUGCAGAAACUGCCACUGAUCUUGUUGUGUUGGAUAGAUAUGCAUCCCAGCCUCGUGAGGUGGUCUUGGAUUGUGGAGCUUACCAGGACAAGAGUGGGCUCUCACAGCGCCUUCUGAGCGAGUUGGAUGAAGCUCUUCAUUUUCUUAAUGACUGCAAUGUAUCUGCACAUCGAGAAGACAAAGACCCAACCUUCAUCUCCAAACAGGUGCUGAGUGAUUGCAGGGCAGUACUGACUGUGCUGGGGCCUUGGUGUGCUGACAAAGCAGCGGGGAUUAUGGUGCGAGAGCUGCAGAAGUACAUCAAGCACGAGCAAGAGGAGCUCAACCGUAAGUUCCUGCUUUUUACUGACACCAUCCUGAGGAAGAUCCACGCGCUGUGUGAGGAGCAUUUCUCCCCGGCCUCUCUGGAUCUGAAGUUCGUCACACCCAAGGUUCUGAAACUUCUGGAAAUCCUUCGAGAAUACAAGCCCUUUGAGCGCCAGCAGUUUGAGAGUGUGGAGUGGUACAAUAACCGCAACCAGGACAACUAUGUCUCCUGGAGCGACUCGGAAGACGAAGAUGAAGACGAGGAGGUUGAAGUCAAGGAAAAGUCCGAGGCCAACUUCCCGUCGCCAUUCACCAACAUACUCUGUGGGAUCAUCUUUGUUGAGCGGCGAUACACGGCAGUUGUUUUAAAUCGGCUCAUUAAAGAGGCUGGAAAGCAGGAUCCAGAGUUAGCCUAUAUCAGCAGCAACUUCAUCACAGGCCACAGCAUUGGCAAGAACCAGCCUCGCAACAAGCAGAUGGAGGUGGAGUUCAGGAAGCAGGAGGAGGUCCUUCGCAAAUUUCGUGCGCAUGAAACCAACUUGCUUAUUGCAACCAGCAUUGUGGAGGAAGGGGUGGAUAUUCCAAAGUGCAAUCUAGUGGUUCGGUUUGACUUGCCAACCGAGUACAGGUCCUAUGUGCAAUCCAAAGGUCGGGCACGGGCUCCAGUCUCCAAUUACAUCAUGUUGGCAGACAGCGAACGAACAAAGGCAUUUGAAGAGGAUCUCAAAACUUACAAGGCUAUAGAGAAGAUCCUUAGAAAUAAGUGCUCCAAAUCAGCUGAGUGUAAUGAGUUUGAAAUGGAGCCCGUGGUAGAUGAUGACAACAUUCUUCCACCUUAUGUCCUGCGCUCUGAAGAUGGAGGCCCUCGGGUUACUAUUAACACAGCAAUAGGGCACGUCAACAGAUACUGUGCCAGACUUCCCAGUGACCCUUUUACUCACCUGGCACCCAAGUGUAAGACUGCGGAGCUCAAGACUGGUAGCUAUCAAUCAACUCUCUUCCUUCCCAUCAACUCUCCUCUUCGAGAGCCAGUCACAGGGCCCAUGAUGAGCUGUGCAAGACUUUCUGAGAAAGCAGUAGCGCUUCUUUGCUGUGAAAAACUUCACAAAAUAGGUGAGUUGGAUGAUCAUUUAAUGCCAGUGGGAAAGGAGACAGUGAAAUAUGAGGAAGAGUUGGACCUGCAUGAUGAAGAGGAGACAAACGUACCAGGCAGGCCCGGAUCCACCAAGAGGAGACAGUGCUACCCAAAAGCCAUACCAGCAUGUCUUCGGGACAGUUACCCUGUUCCUGAGCAGUCAUACUACCUGUACGUGAUAGGGAUGGUUCUGACCACCCCUCUGCCUGAUGAGCUCAACUUUCGGAGGAGAAAGCUCUACCCUCCUGAGGACACCACCAGGUGUUUCGGCAUACUGACAGCUAAACCAAUACCUCGGAUCCCCCAUUUCCCUGUGUACACACGCUCUGGUGAGGUGACCAUCUCUAUUGAGCUGCAAAAGGCAGGCUUCACUUUGACUGCCCAGCAGCUGGAGCUUAUCACGCGCCUGCACCAGUACAUCUUCUCUCACAUCCUCCGGCUGGAGAAACCCGCACUGGAGUUCAAGCCCACUGAGGCUGAUUCAGCCUACUGUGUUCUACCUCUCAAUGUCGUUGAGAAUUCCAAUACUUUGGAUAUGGACUUUAAGUUCAUGGAAGACAUUGAAAAGUCCGAAGCACGCAUUGGCAUUCCUAACACUCAGUAUACUAAGGAAAACCCAUUCACUUUCAGAUUGGAGGACUACCAAGAUGCCGUUAUCAUUCCAAGGUAUCGUAACUUUGACCAGCCACACCGGUUUUAUGUAGCUGACGUCUACACGGACCUCACACCACUCAGUAAAUUCCCCUCACCUGAAUACGAGACCUUUGCUGAGUACUAUAAAACCAAGUACAACCUGGACCUGUCCAACCUUGACCAGCCCCUUCUGGACGUGGACCACACAUCCUCACGACUCAACCUCUUAACUCCCCGGCACCUUAAUCAGAAGGGGAAGGCCUUGCCCCUGAGCAGCGCUGAGAAGAGGAAGGCCAAGUGGGAGAGCCUACAGAAUAAACAGAUUUUAGUACCAGAACUCUGUGCCAUUCACCCAAUUCCUGCCUCCCUGUGGAGGAAAGCUGUUUGCCUUCCCAGCAUACUCUACCGACUUCACUGCCUUCUGACAGCAGAGGAGCUUCGUGCUCAGACGGCCAUUGACGCCGGCGUGGGCGCUCUGACCCUGCCCCCUGACUUCAGGUAUCCUAAUUUGGAUUUUGGAUGGAAGAAAUCCAUUGACAGCAAGGCUUUCAUUUCAUGCCCCAGUACAUGCACAGAAGACGAUGAUCAGUGUAAGCUUGGCACGCCUUCAGCCUCCGAACACACUGCCCAAGAAGGCUGUAGUAUGGAAGCCUUGGCGCCCCAAACGGGCGCCUCCUCAUGUGAGAACUGCAACGUACCAGACGAAAAGCUAGAGCCCCGUGAGCUCCCGACGACCGUUCGCCAAUCACAAGACAAAGACAGGACGAGCUGCGUCUGUACCCGGACCCUCACUAACGGCACAGGGGGCGACCGCGGUGACAAAGGUGACCUCGAUGGACGUGAUGUUUGCCAAUGCUCCCAGCUCUGCUCACCUGAGAGCGAACUAUCGACACAAACCACUACCUCAGUUCCUGUGCAGCCCUCUCACAGCAUUGAGAACCGGUCCCAGGCCAGCAAUGAAUGUACUCUGGACAGGAACUCAGACCUCCGUGAUAGACAUGUGAAAAAACCUACCUCAGACUGUUGCCGAGUGAUCCAGAUGGCAACCAGCACCACAGCACCUUCGUCAGUGUCUUCAGAAGCAUCUGAGGCUAUGGCUGCCCUGGUGGACCCGGCAGGCGAAUCUCCAAAAACUCUGGGCCCUAACCCAGGCCUCAUUCUACAGGCCUUGACCCUCUCCAACGCCAGCGAUGGUUUUAAUUUGGAGAGGUUGGAGAUGCUCGGAGACUCUUUCCUCAAACAUGCCAUCACCACCUAUCUGUUCUGCACAUAUCCCGAUGCCCACGAAGGACGACUAUCCUACAUGAGGAGCAAAAAAGUCAGCAACUGUAACCUGUAUCGCCUGGGGAAGAAGAAAGGCCUGCCUAGUCGAAUGGUGGUGUCCAUCUUUGAUCCACCAGUGAACUGGCUGCCUCCGGGCUACGUUGUAAACCAAGACAAAAGCAGUACAGACAAGUGGGACUCAGAUGAGAAUAAAGAGGAUCAGGCUAAUGGACGAACCAAUGAGGAUUACGAUGAUGAUGAAGGUGAGAUCGAAGAUGAGGUGGAAGAUGUGGGGCUCGUGUGGAAAGAGCCCAAGGAUGAGGUGAACGUCGAGGAUGACCUGGAAUAUUACCAGGAGCACAUCAAGUUCAUCGAUAACAUGCUCAUUGGCUCAGGUGCUUUCGGCAAAAAGAUCUCUCUCAGCAGCUUCCAGCCGGCAGAAGCCAACUACGAAUGGAAGCCCCCUAAGAAACCCACAGUCCCCAAUGCCCACUUCCCUUCUGACGCUCCAGACGAGUUUGACUACAGCUCCUGGGAUGCCAUGUGCUAUCUGGACCCCAGCAAGGCAGCAGAAGAAGAUGACUUUGUGGUGGGCUUCUGGAACCCCUCGGAGGAGAACUGCGGCACGGACAUGGGCAAGCAGUCCAUUUCCUACGACCUCCACACGGAGCAGUGCAUCGCCGACAAGAGCAUUGCCGACUGCGUGGAGGCCCUCCUGGGAUGCUACCUUACCAGUUGCGGAGAGAGGGCAGCCCAGAUGUUCUUGUGCUCUCUGGGCUUGAAGGUACUUCCAGUGGAGAAGCAAAGACGUGAGGACCACGCGACCAAUGCUCUGACUGACUGUCCCAUGGAGCUGCAGUACGGCUGGCUUAAAAUCCCGCCACGCUGCAUGUUCGACCAUCCGGAUGCUGAACGCACCCUCAAUCACCUCAUUUCUGGCUUCGAGAACUUCGAGAAGAAGAUAAACUACACUUUUAAAAAUAAAGCUUACCUUCUGCAGGCUUUCACUCAUGCCUCAUACCAUUACAACACCAUUACUGAUUGUUACCAGCGGUUGGAGUUCCUUGGUGAUGCAAUUUUAGACUACCUCAUAACCAAGCACCUUUACGAAGAUCCACGUCAGCAUUCGCCUGGCGUGCUUACUGACUUGCGCUCUGCGCUCGUCAACAACACCAUAUUUGCUUCCCUUGCAGUCAAGUAUGACUACCACAAGUACUUCAAAGCCGUCUCACCCGAGCUGUUCCACGUAAUUGAUGAUUUUGUGCAAUUUCAGCUGGAAAAGAAUGAAAUGCAAGGGAUGGAUUCUGAGCUCCGCCGAUCAGAAGAAGAUGAAGAGAAAGAAGAAGACAUUGAAGUCCCUAAAGCAAUGGGGGACAUCUUUGAAUCACUAGCUGGUGCAAUUUACAUGGACAGCAAGAUGUCCCUGGAGACUGUUUGGCAAGUGUAUUAUCCAAUGAUGAGGCCACUUAUAGAGAAAUUUUCAGCUAACGUCCCUCGCUCUCCUGUGCGUGAAUUGCUGGAAAUGGAGCCGGAGACUGCAAAGUUCAGCCCGGCAGAGAGGACGUACGACGGGAAAGUGCGGGUGACGGUGGAGGUGGUGGGGAAAGGAAAAUUCAAAGGCGUGGGCCGCAGCUACCGGAUAGCCAAGUCAGCGGCAGCACGCAGAGCCCUGCGCAGCCUCAAAGCCAAUCAACCUCAGGUCCAGAAUAACUGAGCUUCAUACACACUAAAAGCACCCCCCCCCCCACUCCAGUCUCUGCAGCAGAGUGGCAUCUGAGUGAAAGCGGUUUCACAUAGGGAUAUCA